AUGUCGGGGAAAGUGCCGCCAGAGCGCAUGGCCGAGCUACGGCGCGGCUCCAAACUGCGCCAGCGUCUCCAGGAGGAAAUCGAAGACGCGACGCAGAGCGUUCACAGCACAGAGGACAAUAUUCGAUACCACUACCAGCAACUAUCCUACAUACAAGCGUACGAGGUGGACCCGGUGAAGCGUCACCGUGACAUGGCGUACUGGCAGUCCAACAUCAAUCAGCUCCAGGCGCAGAUGACUACGCUUCAACAUCGACUGUCGGUAGCUGUUCAGGAUCUCCGCGAUUUCGAGGAAGCAACCGCAGAAAUAUCUGAGCGAGCCGGCCGUGAUGAGCAAACUUGA